UGUCAAAAAGUACCUGUCAAAAGUGUCAAACAAAAAUUGAAAUUGAGACGAAAAGAAAACAUGCGGAAUUUACGAAAUCAAAAAUUAGAUUCGAAAUCUAAACACAAAAAGAGAAAAACUAAAAUACACUUAGUUUUUGAUGAAACUAAAAGAAGGGAAUUUCUUACAGGUUUUCACAAAAGAAAACUUCAACGUAAGAAAGAAGCCAAAGAAAAUUUCGAAAAAGACCUAAAAGCAGAAAGAAAGCGUAUUAAAUCAGAAGCUAAAGAAUCAUACAAAAAGUUAGUAGUGUCUCACAAACCUAUUCCAGAAUUAGAGGACUUGUUAAGUGAAAAACAUGAAAAUGAAGAUGUAACAGUGAAAAUAGUUGAACUGUCAACAAAUGAUAUAGCUAAACAAAGCAAUUGGAUUGGUGCCAAUCAACCAAAAUAUGAAGAAGAAAUUGAAGAAUCAGAUAAUGAAGAACAGCCUGUAAGCGAAAUUCCAGGAAUGGAACUUAAACGCAAGCCUUUACCAUCUAAAAAGGAAAAAGAAGUCAUCAAAUUUAAUUCUGAAAAAGAUAUAAAAAAGGCUUUAAAAAAAGAGGCAACAAAAAAUGUAAAAAAAAGUAAGGUGUUCCAAAAGAAAAAUCAGAUGGAGAGUAAAAAGCAGAGAAAGAAGUCUAUGCAGAUGAAGAAACAGAGAAUGAAGAUUAGAGAUAAAGGGAAAGCAAAGAAGGGUGGCAGAGGUAGAAAAAAUGUAGAAUCAAAUUAAGAUUAAAUAGGAAAAUUAGUUACUUUUUAUGUUUGGUUAUCAAAAUGAAUUAAAAUAUCAACUCCAAAUUUUUGUUAAAUUUGUGAAACUACAGAACUAUUGCAAUUUUAUAACUUUCACUUUUUGUAUGAGUAAAAUUACAGAAAUAUCUAC